AGAAACAUGGCGUCCAUCUGCUUUUUCAUGAAUACAGCGGCAUACGAGUUUUUGACGUUUGUUACAGCUGUUCUGAACAAAGAAUUUUCUCAUAUCUGACAUUCAGCUGUAUUGACAUGUUAAUGUCUCUACGUCGAGCUUGUGGGCUCCUCGCUCCAAGAAACAUUAGGGGAGUGCAAACAACAGUGAAUCGCACAUCAGAUCAGCUGUUUGUGCACAGAGAUAGUGAACAUGAUAAUCCCAACAUACCAUUUGAAUUUGAUGAGGCAAAUAAGAAACGAGUCCAAGCUAUUCUCGCGAUAUAUCCGGAAGGUCACAAACGUGGUGCCAUGAUACCCUUAUUGGACCUGGCGCAGCGGCAACACGGCUGGCUACCUAUUUCUGCCAUGCACAAAGUUGCACAGAUAUUAAACGUACCAAAUAUGAGAGUUUACGAGGUAGCCACAUUCUAUACAAUGUUCAAUCGUAGGCCCAUGGGCAAGUAUCACGUACAGAUCUGUACCUGCACACCGUGUUGGCUGAGAGACUCAGAUUCGAUAGUGAAGGCUGUGACAGCAGCUACAAAUUGCGAGAUUGGAGGCACCUCUGCAGAUAAACUGUUCACGCUUUCGGAAGUGGAGUGUCUCGGUGCUUGCGCGAAUGCUCCAAUGUUCCAAGUAAACGAUGAUUAUUAUGAGGACUUGACUCCAGAGACUGCAACAGCUGUAAUAAAUGCUCUUAAGAAAGGCGAAAAACCUCCACCAGGUCCACAGAUUUCUUCAAGAUUCGCGGCUGAUCCCGCAGGUGGACUUACAUCUUUAACAUCUCCACCCCCAGGUCCUGGAUUUGGAGUUAGAUCAGACUUGUAAAAUUAUUUGUUUUUGGUAGGAUACUAGUGUGUAUAUUAAUGAAUGUAAAAAAAGUUAUCAAUAAAUAUAUCAAAAUGUAUUAUA